AUGUUAGAUAGUACAUCUAAUCAUAAAAGUCCAUAAUUUUAGAAAUCUAUUAAAUCAAAAUAGGAACUAUAAAGUUUCUAUCAUUAUACAAAAAUUAUGAAAUUAAAAGAGUUAAAUGAAAAACCAAGUUAAUUGUCUAUUAAUCAUAAUUUAAGCUAACAUAAUUCUAUAGGAUUGCGAUAAAGCGAUCAUAUAAGCAAUUUUUAGUUUUUUAUAUAAUAGAAUUCUAAACAUAAUUAUAAGAGGUAAAUUAGAGAGUAAUAUUAAUAUCAUUCAUAAUCAGCAUUAACAAAAAAUUAGACUGAAAAAAUUAAUUGGUAGAAACAUAAAGAAAAUUAAAAAAGAAUAGAAUAAGCACUUAAUAAAUAUAAAUUCAAUCAUUCUUUAGAAAAUACUUAAUAAUCAAUAACUAGGAGAAGAAUUUAAAGGUUAUCUUCAGAAACUUCAACUUAAUCAAAAUUCUUUAUUGAAUCAAGGCCAAAUUCUAAAUAAGGAACACAUCUAUAAAAUUAAUAUUUAAUUAAUUCAAUCUAAAAAAAAUAGUCAAUUAAAGCUGCAAGUACUUAACAUCAAAGUUAAAUUGAUUAAUAUGAUUAUGAAAUUUCACCAAAAAAUUAAAAUUUUGAGGAUUUAGUUAAUAAAAUAUUGGAUAGAAAAUAAGAAUAAUAAUCAGAAAUUAAUGAAAAUUAAGAAUAAGAUCUAGAAGAAGAAGAUGAAAAAGAAUUAGAAGAAUAAAAACAAGAAAAAGAAAUUAUAAAUAAAAAAGAAAGAAGAUAUGAAGAAAUUGAAAAAUAAUUAGAUAAUAAUUUAAGAAGAUAAUUAUCAAAAAAUUUAGUUAAAUUAGAUAAUAUAAAAAAUGAAUAAGCAUAUAUUAUAAAUAAAUAAACUACUCAAAAACUACGAUAAACAAAAAAAAAGUUAAAAGCCUCUAUACAAUAAUAACUUAUAUUUUAAGGUGAUUAAUUAGAAACAGUUAUAUUAUCAUAGUAAAAGUAACAAUCAGAAGUUUAAGAUAUUCUUUUUGACUAAAAAACAAAUAAUGAAAGUCAAUAAAAUAAUAAUGAAGAUUUCUUAAUUAAAUUAAGAGAAGAACAAAAUUAAUAUAAAUAGAAUUAAAUGGUAUUAUAAAAAGAAGAUGAAAAAUAGUAAAUAGCAAAAUUAUUAGAAAUUUAAUAAAUUUAAGAGGAGAUCGAAAGAAAAAAAAAUAAAAAAGAAGAAUUUGUCUAUAUAUUCCAAGAAAAUAAUACAGAAGAAUAAUUUAUUAAAAAAUAAUAGUAAUUAAAUUUAGAUUCAAUUGAAUAGGAAAGAAAGAUGAGAGAAUAAUAACAAAGAGAGAAAGAAGAUUAAUAAAAUAGAAUUAAAUAAAUAGAAGAAGAGAAAUAGAAAGAAAUUGAAGAAAGUAAAAAAAAAGAAAUAGCUUAACUUAUUUAAAAAUAAAAAGAUGAAAUUGAAAAAUAAGUUUAGGAAGAAAUGGCUAAAUAAUCUCCUAAAUUAGAGAAGUAAAAAAGUGUUUUAAUAAUUCCUAAAUAGAUUAUAUAUGAAAGAAAAAGAACUUAAGAAGAAAUAGAAACUUCAAAUAGAUAAAUAAAAAGAGAAAUUGAAAGUAAGAUACAAAAAUAAAAAGAAGAAGAUGAAAAAGAAGAAUUAGAUUAAUUAGACUUCGUUGAAUAUAUGUUGAGAUCAUAAAAUGUUUAUGAUAUUAAAUAUGAUGUAAUUCUUGUUUAUUUAGAUAUAGAAAUUUAAACUAUACGAAGAUAAACUAAAGAAAGUGAAAGAGCCCCCAAAUUAUUUGGAGGAAGAUGAAUUGGAUAUUUAUAAUUUUCUAAGAAUUUGGAAAUAAGUGAAUAAAAAAGGAUUAAUUAAAAUUUCGAAAAUAUAAAUCAAAGGAAAUAAAGAUACUUGA